UUUUUAAGAAAGAAUUUUUUGAAAAUCUGUGUUUCAUUCAUUCAUUGAACCUCUGGAAUAUUUUCUUGACGUCAUGCUUGGUGAUACUCCCAAUGAAAUCACAAAUGAGCCUACUUUACAUCCUGGUUCUCCCACCCGAACCACAUCUUCCCCAGCAAUUCUUGGGAUUCCGAAUGACGAAUCCAGUUCUCAAGACAAUAGUAGUUCCGAAAUUCCUUUUAAAAAACAACGUCCACACUCUUGUCCUCAGACCCUGUCAGAAGAAACCCCUUUGAACUCCUCAAAUGAGCCAGGUGAACAUGUGGAAAAUGACCGGAACAACGAACAGCAGACAGAUGGAAGCCGGUCAACUCGUUGUUCUGCUUUUAUAGACUUCUACAGGGAUUCUGUAAUCGAAUAUAGAAACUCUAGAUUCAUCCAUUUCUUCCAAUUUCUGUUUUCUCUCAUACCGAUUUCUGGCAUAAUCAUGGCAAUAAUAUAUGCUGAAGAGUGCCCCGCAUCUCCAACUCUACCCGCCUUAGGCGCAAUAUUAGGAGCCCUUGGCGUCAUAUUCAUGGGUUUUUGGACAGCCGGGACUGUUUACGAGCAACGCGGGAGGACCUUUUUUGAUCAACCAAAAAGCAUACUUAGCAUCUGCAUUACAUUGUUGUUUUUAGUGGCACUAGAUGUGUAUCUCCUUGGCCACAUGUCGCCGAGCUUCGACGAGUUUGAAAAACACUAUUGCAACCAAACUUUCUACCGAUACGCCAUUCUCAAGAACAUUUUGACUGCUUUGGCUAUUGUUUUGGGGGCGAUAUUUUAUUUGCCUGGAAAUCUUUCCUUUAUCUACAGUUGUUUUUGCAACUGCUGUGAACCACAACCCGCGACUGCUAAUGUUUUCUACUAUGCCUUUUAAAUUAUCUGACGUGUGAUAGUGUAUUAUUUUAAUGCAUUAUUUUGAAUUCAUAUAUUUUAAAUUUUAGUAAUGGACUACUGUAUGACAAAUGGAUGUAAAUAUUUAAAAUAAAA